UCCAGCUCCGCCGACCCGGCCACCCGCUCCCCACCGCCGGACUCGCACCAUGGCCAACAGCGAGCGCACCUUCAUCGCCAUCAAGCCGGACGGCGUGCAGCGCGGCCUGGUGGGCGACAUCAUCAAGCGCUUUGAGCAGAAGGGCUUCCGUCUGGUGGCCAUGAAGCUCGUUCCGGCCUCCGAGGAACACCUGAAGCAGCACUGCGUUGACUUGAAAGACCGCCCCUUCUUCCCAGGGCUGGUGAAGUACAUGAACUCAGGACCCAUUGUGGCCAUGGUCUGGGAGGGGCUGAAUGUGGUGGAGACGGGUAGGGUGAUGCUGGGAGAGACCAACCCAGCAGAUUCUAAGCCAGGCACCCUCCGAGGGGACUUCUGUAUUCAAGUUGGCAGGAACAUCAUUCAUGGCAGUGAUUCGGUCAAGAGCGCUGAGAAAGAAAUCAGCCUCUGGUUUAAGCCGGAGGAACUGGUAGAGUACAAGUCUUGUUGCUAUGACUGGAUCUACGAGUAAGAGGCGGACAAAGCAGUCCCAUCUCCGUGGGCCCUUUGGCACUGUGCCUGUCCUGUGUACAGCUCUUCUUCUGGGGUUGGAAGCAGUAGGAUUGAUGUCCUGUCUCCUUCCAAAGCACACUGACCAAUACAAUAAAGUCUUUGGAGACUGGG